AUGUCCGACCGCUGCUGCCACGCGGCCGAGGGUGAUGUGCAACAACCUGAUGCGACAGCAGCACUUGGCAAUACUGGGCUGCGCCUUGAGGGCGUCAAAAUUUUCGACGACUCACUUCAGCAACCAAGAUCAAGUCCUAAUCUCUUAUCUCGUGAUGCGCAACUUCACCUGUUCAGUACCUCUUCACACUCGCGCAAUCUUCCAAUCGCCACUGCUGCGCCCAAUUCGGAGCCCAACCCCGAGCAUGUACUGCACGAAGAGAAGCAAGCUCACAGCGCAGAGGAAUCAACGACAGCGAGAACAGUGUUGUGGGCCCUAGCAGAGAGUGCCGAAGUUUUUACGGACCUGGAAAACAGCCUCCACGACAGCGAUCUACAUCCCGGCGCGCCCUGGGGCUUUGUGGUUGUGCGCACGGUAUACGGCAGUUUUGCCCGUAUGCUUGAGGAGCUGACAAGCAACAAUAGAGAGACACUAGAAGAUGCACAGCAGGGACACGUCUUUCUACGCCACAAGCUCACCAUCCUCAAUAACAAGGCCACCCUUAACAGCGCUGAUUGCCAUACUGUGCUUCGCUGCUUCACGCAUCCCCACUUGAGCGUCGGCCAGUUUCCCGACAUCAAGGUCGUCACGAUCAACUUCUGGGGCGGGAGAGCGGCUACAAUAGUAGAGGAUUAG